AUGAAUAAUUUCAAGCAUCUCAGCAGUAAUGGAGAAGGUACAUCCACAAAUUUAGGAAAAAGAAAGGCAGCCGAAGUUGAGGAUGGUUCAUCUACUGGAGGAAAAAUGAAAGAGACAAGAAAAGAAAAAUUUAAACAAAAAACUAAAGAAAGAAUUAAACGAGCCAUAACUGAGCACAUGUAUUUGGUUGGCCAUAAAGAAAUCAACUUGACACAACGUGAAUACACAAUUUUAGGUCCAACUGGAUGUGUGUACACUACUGUGAUUGCAAACAUUCUUUCAUGUUCCUGCCCUGAUUUCCAAAAAGGAUUUCAAUGCAAACACCUUGUUUUGAAAGUAAAUCAGGACAGUAAACUCAUUUACCAGAAAGCAUUACUAACAGAUGAAUUAAGAUCAAUUUUUGAUAAGGCACCUCGAAUUUAUCUGCAGCCAAGUAAAAAAUUCAUCAAUCAACUUGAAGAAACUAUUACUUCAAUAAAACGACAUAGAAAAAUAGGUGAUGACUGUCCAAUCUGUUAUGAUCCUAUGAAUGACAGAGAAGAUUUAGUUUGGUGCCAAAGUGGCUGUGGAAAUAAUAUACAUCGAAAUUGCUUCAAUCAAUGGAGACAAAUAAAUCCAACAGUAAAAUAA